ACACUUCUGUGGCGUUCCUUCCUACUUCUGUGCUACUUGGCGAAAACUAGCCGAGUGUACUUAUUACAGGUGAGAUGGCGUGCCUUCUGUCCGCUUUGGGAAGGAGCAGAGAGACGUGAGCAAUGAUGGAAUAUUCUAUUGCACAUACAUGGGACAGCAUACCAGUUAAUCAUAACCCUGUAACCAUACAUUUACAACCAGGAGAUGGUGGCCUGCUAAUGGAAGUGCGUGGGCCAUUUUUUAAUGACCCCCCAGCCCCAGCUGGCCCUCCAGGGGAGCCUUUUGAUAAACUCUGGGAUUAUGAAGUUGCUGAGGCAUUCUUUUUAAAUAGUACUACAGAGAAAUAUUUAGAGGUCGAGGUUUGUCCUCAUGGCCAGCAUUUGAUAUUACUCUUGCAUGGCAGAGGAAAUGCUUGGAAAAGAGGAUUGAGUUUAAAAUAUGAAGCUUCCAUUGAGGGAAAUGAAUGGCACGGAAAAGCACUUCUUCCAUGGAGGUACUUUCCUCCUGGUGUGAAUAAAAUGAACUUGUAUGCAAUUCAUGGAUCUGACCCUAGAAGAACUUAUGAAGCACUUUAUCCAGUUCCAAGGGAGGACCUCAAACCAGGACAAGGGCCAAAUUUCCAUCUUCUGGAAUACUUCCAAAAUUUCAAUCUGAAGGACAUAAUGGGAAAUGAUUUUCUACAGCCUGAUUCGGACCUGUGGAGCACAUGCUGCUGAUUAGCUAGAAUAUUGCUUAUGAGUACUGCAUAGUAAUAAUCCUUAAGCACUUCUACAUUUCAUGAAGGAGCGAUACUUUGAAUCAUUACAUUAGAUUAUUGAAGCUGUAGUGCUGAUGAAACACCUCUCAUAUUCAGUUGAGUAAUUAUGGUUUUGUCAAGUAUCUUCAGCCAUUCAAUAAUACAUUAUUUAGAACAUUCUCUUGAUUAAAAAAUAAAAUUUGAAAAACAUA